UGGAAGACGGGCCAAUCUGCUCCGUCCGUCCACCAGUCAGUCUUGUUAGCAAACGUUCAGAAUUCAGCUGGAUUUCCGGAGGAAAAGCCGAGAAAAUCCCUUGCAGCUUGCAGCGGAUGUUGAUGUGAAGUGUACUUGUGUUUUGUGAUACCGGUGUGUGUCUACUUGUAAAACGGAAACAUUGGAUUGUAAACACACAGAAAGGAAUCGACAGCCAACAAUGAUGAUGGUUGGGAUCUUAUCAAACAAUGAAGCGUAAUCAGCUUCGGUCUUUGCGCUGAUCGGAGGUGAGUGAGUGUAUCGAGAGAUCAAGUGGAAGUGUGUCGAGUUGUCUGGUUGUGUUGUGAGUAGUGAAUAGUGAGCUGUGAAUGAGUGUAGAGGAAGCAGACGAUCCGUGCUGUGUGAUCGAAGACUAGGAUCAACUGGGAAGGAAGAAGGAAGUUGAGUUGAGCAAGUGACGAAGCAGAAAAAAAAACAAACUAAAGCCGCAACCAUGGUGUCGUACUACAAUCACUUUGCGAUGUACCCGAAGAACCACAGUGGAAAUCUGUCGUACUCGGCCACUUCCGGAUGGUAUCCGAGCAAUUACCAGCAUCAGCCACCGCACGCUCAGUUCAUCGGUGAUGGCGAAUCGUCUCCGCAGCCCAUGUACUAUCCGCAUCCGCACGUGUUCCAUCCACAGUCCAGCCCGGAUUGGAGCGGUCACGAGAAUUUCCCGACGCCCCCACAAACGACCCUAUUGCCCCACGGUCCCAGUCCCGGCGGUGGUGGCAGUGGCCUCGGUGGUGGUAUUGGUGGUGCUGGGGGUGGUGGCGGAGGUAUCGGUCUAAAUUUGGCCGGACCGGGCGCUAACCAUCUGCAUCAUCAUCACCAUCAUCAUCACAGUAGCAGCAGCAGUGGCAGUGGCGGUGGCGGCAACAACAAUGCCGGAAAUAAUGCCCACAAUGACCAUCUGGCCGACGGGUUACACAGCAUACCUUCACCCCCGAUUACGGUCUCGGGCAGCGAUAUGUCGAGUCCGGGCGCACCGACGGGAUCGGCUUCACCGCAGAUCACGCCACGUCCAACGCCGGUCAAGAGCCCGUACGAGUGGAUGAAGAAGCAAUCCUACCAGAGCCAACCGAAUCCAGGACUCCUCAACAUCUGCUCGGCACCAUCGCUGCAAGACUUCGCCCCCGUGGAAUCCGGUGGGAAAACGCGCACGAAGGACAAGUACCGGGUGGUGUACACGGAUCAGCAGCGACUCGAGCUGGAGAAAGAGUUCCACUACACGCGCUACAUCACGAUCCGCCGGAAGUCGGAGCUGGCCCAGAAUCUGCAGCUUUCCGAGCGGCAGGUGAAGAUUUGGUUCCAGAACCGGCGCGCCAAGGAUCGCAAGCAGAAGAAGAAGGCCGAAAGUGGCAGCGCUGGUGGUGGCGCUGUUGGUGGUGGUCCGGGAAGCAUCGGUAGUGGUAUUGUUGGUGGCGGAUCGGGUGGUGCUGGUGGUGGCCUCGGAAUGGUCGGUGGUCCUCACCAUCACCAUCAUCAUCUGGGGCCGCAAUCGUUGGUGGCGCACUCGCAAUCGGCCGGCCAGAACCAUCCGCACAGUCUGCUGGUCGAUACGAAACCGAAGCUCGAACCAUCGCUCCACCUUUCGCAUCUGCACCAGAUGAGCGCCAUGAGCAUGGGCAUGGGCUCGAUGGGGCUGCACCAUCCGGCUCACCAUCACCUUCAUCCGCACCUCGGUGUGCCGUCGGCCUCGCAGCACCUCAACUCGGUACAGGGUGGUGGCCCCGGUUCACAGGUGCCCACCUCGCUCAGCAUAAUGUGAUGCGGCUAAAGUGAAGCGCGCACACGGUCGCAUGGACGCACACAGCCUCGGUUUAAUUUAUUUGCUGUUCACCGGUUCCCCCCACAUCCUCUCGUCCUCCCCUCCUUCACGUCACCUAAUCCUCAUCCAGCCAGCAAGUGCGUUGCGCAGAGCAGAGACACACAGAGAUUAGCAGCAUCAGAAGCAGAAGCAGCAGACAACGCGCACAGCCUUAGAACAAACAAACGAAUGCAUUUGGUUAGGGGAAGGUAUGGAGAAGCUCCGAGAAGCUCUACUGUAAACUGUAUGUUGGAGAACGUGUUGGACAGGUGAUUGAGGAGCGCUUGAUGAUAACUUAUCUUCUUCACCCAAUCAUCGAUCACAUCGGAUCAUCGGUUGUGGUUGGUCCAAAAUGGUACGUGGGACCAAGCGAAGUAAAGUUAGCAAAACGUUUGUCCGACUGGGAACUGCGGAGGGGUCGUGAAGUGGCUUAAGGGCAAUCGAAGAAGAAAAGAAUAGAAUAGAUAGAGAGAUCGUAGGGACGCGAAGACGCAGACGGGAAGUGGCGGCAGUAGUGGCUACACAAAAUAAAAUCUAAUUCAAGUGCAAUGUAUAAACGAGAUAUACUUUUAAUGUUACGCGAAGCAUUAGGACGCAGCAGCAGUAGAAGCAUUCUGCGAGUAGAAAAGUAGUGUAGAGAGAGAGAGAGCGGCGCCACGCAGUAUCGUCGUCAUCGCAUUGGUAGGGAAUAUCGGGUCAUAUCCCUCCCCGCACAGGUGGAACAGCAACAGCUGGUGGUGGUGGUGGUGGUGGUGAAAGACCGCGAGAUGACAAACGGAACAACCUGCCACCAACCGAUCGACCUACUGCUGCCGGGGGGAGGGAUGGGCUCUGGGCACAACCUGGCCUUACCGUUUUUUAUGGGUUAGAUGUUCUAGUUUUAAUGGCGAUGGCGAUGGCAGUAAUAAGGGGGGGUGUGUACGCGCGCGCGCGAGAGAGGUGUUAGAAGGGUUCGUGGAAGGGGAAUGGAGCAUUCAAGGUCGCGGAGGGCGCUGUACCGCUAACCGAUGCGCGAAUCCGCCCGAUUCCGCCCGGCGCAAACAUGCAAAACGUGACGCGAUGAUGAACGGGACUCAUGGGAGACGGCCCAGUUCCUUUCUCGCGGCUUGUUUGCUUCAUUUCUUCUUCUCAAUCCGACCUUGCACACAGCACACCUUACCAGCUUGCUUACCUGUAUUCUUUUUAUGUGUUUUUUUGAGAUUCAUCUCUAAGAGAUCGUGCUGCUAGUUAAGAUUAAGAGGUCACCCAAACAUCACACCCAACACCCUCACACACAAGAGUUAGGGGUUCUCGGUAUCUGCUACGAUGUUAGUGAUCGAGACGGUGGCUAAGAAGAACGAAAGAAGCUUACAUUUAAGGGCCCACUGUGCGGAAGAGUAUUAAACAAUCGAUUGUAACUUACUAAAGGUAGAUACAAAAGGAAAAUGUGAAAAUAGUGAACUAAAAAGAGGGGAGAAGAAAAUAAUGUUGUAAACACACACAUACCAACACACAAACACACCUAAAAACACUGUUUUGCUGGCGUAGAAACUCAAGAUGCAACUCAAUAAAGUUUAGUUUCCAAAAACCCUA